UCUUCCGGGUUGUUGGAGCAUGGCUGAAGAGAUUGGCAGAGAACAGUUUCUUAUUAUUAUUUAUUUUUCCAUACAGGAAGGGCGUUGACGAGAUAAUAAACAACGUAACCUUUGUUUUCGAUCUACCAAUUUGUUUUACUUCCCCUGAAAAUUAUUGACAGCAUCGUAAAUGUUAUGACCAUGGGUCAUUUUCUACGUUUGCAAGAGUUUUGUGUUUACUGUGUUAUAUAUUUUUAUUUUUAUUAUUGAACCAGUCUCAUUUCCUUUUUUUUUAUACAUAGGAGUAGAAAACUUAUUGGUCUUGUCAAAAACUGUUAAUUUGUGAAAGGAUCAAUACGUUCAUGGUCAAUGGUAUAUUUAAGUCUAUUACAUCGAUGCUAGAAGCCCUAUAAUAGUUUCCAGCCCGUGUAUAUAUCGUUAGUCGAGGGUAUAUAAUCCCAUUUUUGUACAGUUUAACAUCAAUCUUUCACAUUCAAGAUAAACUAACAGUGUGCAAGUGUUUUCAAACGAUGGAGGACACGUUUAAAGAGGUAUCUCGCCGAAUGCAUUUUCUUAUUUUGGCUCUCUAUUCCUAAUAAAGACGUUGCUUCGAAGUUCCAUUCCGCAGCGUUGCUAAUUAUUUUGAUUACCUCCUCUUUCAUGAGAUUUCGCUGGAAUCGAGUGGGCUCUCCUUUAGUAUAAAGGUUUUCUUGUCUUCAUGGAAACACCUUCAUUUUCCGCUCGUUUCGUCGACAUCUCGAUAGCAAUGACCUAAAUUUCCAGCAUUCACGAAGCCUAUUAACCCUGAGAGUUUCUCGAACGUCUAUACCAAUGAACAAUUACUAACGGUGAGAAUCCUCUAAACAGCUAACAUUUCCCGGAAGCUCCUUAACUCAACUAUUAAUUCAACGCUUCGUAUCAUUUUAGGUGAACGAUCAAUUACUCAAGGAGAAAGUUUGAACUUCCAUGCUUCCAUAAUUUCCUUCCCUUUCGCCAGAAGAAAACACCUCUACGGUGUUUUUCCUGCAAUUGUUCCGGAGCACAUUAGCUGGAUUUAAGGAGUUCCUUAUCCGUUAUGCAAUUGUAUCCAUUGACCGAUUCUUGUCAGGAUUCCGUUCGUCGAACAGAGAACAGUCAUCAACGACAAGGCUCUGGGUCAGGUUCAUCUUACACCGUAAUAUCUCUAAAUUUUUCUUCCUUUUCUACUCAAUUUUUAUUCCCAGUACCGAUGCAUCUAUGGUGACAAUCGGUGCAUGAAGAAAUUGUUCCAGAAAAUUCUAACUUUUGAGACGCCGACAGUCAUGCGUCACGCAACCUGCGUAAACUGUACUUAUAUUGUACUUAUACCAUGCGUAUGCUGAGGUAGCGGGUUUCGGCGCGUUAUCGGCGGAUAACGGAGUCGUUAAUCCUCGACGACGCCUUCUUCAAGACGCGCUUUGUCGGAGAGAUUUAAAUCGGGCUCUCUCGAUACGCUGCAAUUACAGGGUACGAUGCAACCCGUAAUUGAAAAUUGCACGCAGUUUUCCCCUCCAUGUUGGCGGUUCGCACUACGCGGAUGCAACGGCGCUCAACAGUUGAGUGUUUGCCCUCGAGACAAGUGCAUCGACAGGGAAUCAAUCGUCGAAUCAAUAUCUUAACGAUCGUCUUUGCCAAUUCUUUAAACACUCAUGCCUUCGACGUGAUGAACAUCGCUUGCAUGGAUCGCAUCAUGAUCGCGUCGAGAGCGAUGAACGCGAAGGACGAGAUUCGCGGCCCCGGCUCUGGGAAAAUCGUACAAAGAAUGAGAAGACAAGGCCAGGACGUCAUGCAAGUGAAUUUAGCGGGUAUCAGGCGAGAUAUCGUUAACCUCGCUCACAACUACAGUAAUGCUCAGAAAGCUGUGCGAAAAGCUACCAGCAAUGAUCCCUGGGGUCCUAGUAGCACCCUCAUGGCGGAGAUCGCCGACUUGACCUACAACGUCGUUGCUUUCACGGAGAUCAUGCAGAUGCUUUGGAAACGCUUAAACGACCACGGGAAAAAUUGGCGGCACGUCUACAAAGCCUUACUUCUUCUCGACUGCCUUAUCAAAACCGGGUCAGAAAAGGUAGCCCAGCAAUGCAAGGAGAAUAUCUUUGCUAUCCAGACGCUGAAAGAUUUUCAAUACAUGGAGGGGCAUAAGGACCAGGGGAUCAACGUACGGGAGAAAGCAAAGCAAAUAGUGGCCUUAUUAAAAGAUGACGAAAGAUUAAGGAAUGAGAGAGCAAAAUCAUUGAAGGCCAAAGAAAAGUGUGCCCAAUCGCCGAGUGGCUUUGGCAGCGAUGGAAUAGAAACGGUAUCGCCAAUUAGUAGCGAUUUUCCAGAUUGGGAACCUUGCCGUUUAGCGGAGUCGACGUCGAGACGUACGACAGCCGAACUUGAAGCCGCGCGGCCCCAAACUGUCGGGGAGGAAGAAUUGCAGCUGCAACUUGCACUCGCCAUGUCCAGGGAGGAAGCUGAGCAAGAGGAACAGAGAAGGCGCAGUGAUGACGUUAGAUUACAGCUGGCGCUAAGUCAAAGCCAACAAGACUUCAAAGCACCCAUAACGGAGAAGCAAAGUCACAUGCUCGACUUACUUGACGUCAAUUUGGGAGAAGCCAGCGGAUCCGUUCAAACCGAUCCAUGGGGAGUUCCCGUUACUGCGCCUCCUCCUAGACCACAGCAGAACGAUUCAUGGAGCGUUCCAACGAGUACCGCUUCGCCACAGAUAGACCCCUGGACCCCGGCACCUUCUCAACGACCAAGAUCUGUCUCAGCAGCCGCGGUUGACCCGUGGCGGGCGCCGGCGCCAGCACCUGCACCUGCACCCUCGCCGGCCACGGUGGCGUCACCUCGCACCGUAGAUCCGUGGUCUCCGUCGCCCUCUACAACGACCGAGACCUCCGGCAUUACGUCGACAUCGCCAUCAUUUAACAGCAAUUCCAGCCUAACUCAGAAUAUCGGGUUCGCGGCGCAAUCGCCGCAGAACAUCGGCUUCAACUUGCCACCGUCGACCGGUGCUAAUUUCGGUACUGCCAGUAACGGGUUCAAUGGAUCCAUGACCAGCUUUAACCAUUUCUCUGCUCAGAACCAAGGCAAUGUCGCAAGCCCCUCUUUUGGGGAUCUAGACGAGUUCGACGUGAUCAGCAAUAGGAACAAGGUUGGCACAAGUCCGCAGCUUGUAAACAAUGGAGGUACGACAACGGCGGAUCCAUUCGACUUGACAGGAGUUGGGGACAGCCUGUUGGUUAGCACCGGAGCCAUCAAGAAGACGCCGCAAUCAUUCCUCGGGGAAAACUCGGCGCUCGUCAAUUUGGACAAUCUUGUGAAUACCUCCACGGUCAAGCCCGCUGCUCCUGCACCUGCAGCAAGCACAUCAUUUUCGGCGAACCCGUUCGCGAGCGUGGCGCCCCCAGCGCGUCCGAGCAUCAACCAGAUCAGACAAGACCCAUGGACGGCCAGUCCCAGCACGGCGGCCAAUCCAUUCCUCUCGUAGCCUGGCCCAGCACUGAGAAGACCUAUCCGGUCUUGGCCUUGGCCUCAAAUUCCCGAGGAUUGCAAUUACGAUAAAGGAAGGUCAUAUCGAGAGAUCACAGUUCAGCCAUCCCGCAAACUAUGACGGAGCUUCGAGGAUCCCGAGGGCGCGCCUCAACUCAGAAUGCCUUCCCGUCCACGUGGCUGUGGAGGGCGAUAGAAAUGGACCGAGUACAAACUUCGCCAUGUUUGGGACAUUCGCUGGACGACAAUUGUCGAGUCGACGUGGUUUCGUAUCGAGACUCGUUGCAAGACUCGCCGGGAGACCUGGACGAAUUUACUCCGCAACGGAAUUCAAUAUUUAAGACCGUUUGUUGUCCAAGAUCAUGCCACCUCAAAUCUCGUGGCGGGGCAGAUGCUAGAGGCAACUUGGAGCUAGGCUCUUCCUAGGCCUUCCACGAGUCUUGCAGGAGCCGAUACAUGUGCGAUAUCUAAAGUAAUCGAUCGGAUUUAAUGUUUCAUUGCUCGGGUGUACGCACGCUGGACCGAAGAUAUCAUGCCUUUGAAAUCGUCUGAUCGCGUUUGAUGGCUUGGCUACGUGGUUCUCAGAGAAAUCGGACGGAAUUCGAUUGACUGGAGCUCGUAGAAUCGCUGCUUUAAGUAACCGAGUGACACUUGAUUCAGUUUCAGUUGAAUUAUGGGGAGACGUCGGUGAAAUUUGUUAAGCGCUAGGUUGGGUCGGGUACAAAAUUCAAUGUACGAUGGAAUCUACUCUGAGUACGAUUGUGGAUGUAUUCGUCAUUUAACAUUAGGAACGUGAAGGGGGCGUUGGAAAAUUCGGAGGGGGAGAUAUUUAAUACAGUCUUUAGAAACGUUCCUGAUGUUAAUAGUAUGUCGGUGGUGAGGACGCCUUUCGAGAGUCGGGAUUCUUUUGUAAAGAAAAUUUAUUUUUGAUCUAUUUUGAUAAUAUAUUUCACUGUUGUCUUCCUUUAAUCGAGUUUGAUAGAGAUUGAGUGUUGCCGACUUUUAUAGAUUUCUUUUCGGUGCGUACCGAGAAAUGGAGACGUAAUUAAUAGGCCUGUGCGAAUCGAUGCGUGACCGCUUCGUCCAAUUUGACGUUCGAGUCCAAUGAUUAAUUUAUAAAUCGGUCAGAAUUAAGCUUUGCGAUAAAUGCUUUGACGGCGCGUCGAAAUAUUUGCACAGGCCUGACGAACUAUUGUUAAAUACUUUUGAAACCAAAUAUACUGUUACAGUACAACGUCGAUGUCCAUACUCUCGCGCCACUGCUACCUGUUCUGCAGAUGACAGCAGUGUACCGAUAUCGCUAUCACAAAGGGAAUUAUCAGUGAUGCAUUUCAAGAACAUUCUCCUUCUGCUCUGUAAAUACUGGCAGUUUAUCACUAGCGCUGCUACCAGGCAGAUAAUAGUGGUUUCAAGAUUAUUUGAGGAUAUCGCUGAAAGAAUGACGUACGCUCAUCGUAAAACAUAACUUUUACCCUCAUAAAACGUACUAACACGAGGACCCUGCGACACGUUAUUCACAAGAAGUGGCGCUGUAUUUGAUUUCAAAAGUAUCUAACUUACGACAGUUACCCGCCUCUCUGUCAAGGGAGUGAAAUCGAAAAUCAUAGUCGACGGUCGAAAGGUCUUUGUUUAGAGGAAUUUAUCACUGGGUUGCAACAAGGGAUCCUCUUCGGUUAAACAUCCAAAAUUCUAAUUUAUCAAACCAGGAACUAGCAUGGAUGUGCGAAAUUUCUUCAACAUCGGCUACAAAUAUCGAUUAAGAACUUGAACGCUCUAGCAGGAUGUCAGCUUCCCGCCAUGACUGGAAUACGUGGAAAAAAAAAAAGGAAAGAAUACAGAUUAAAUAUAUGCAUUUUGAUAUGCGACUUUUUGUAAACAGUAAAAUAUAUAUAUAUAUAUAUACAUAGGUUCGAAGUCAUCUUGGGAAGGUACGGAUAUAUGUUUACUAGACGCUCUUUACACGUACGUGAAUUACCUUGCACGUAUUUCACGCGCGGCGGCUAAGGUUUUGCUAGAAAAUCAUCGUCACGUUCCUCAUUAUACGUACAGAGUACCGCAAUUCUACCGAUCCGUUCUACUAGUGGUUGCGAUUUUUGGCGACAAUUUCGGUAUCCCCUCUGUAUUAUCGUAGAUCAAUUUCUUGGAUAGGGCGAUCACUUUAAUCAUGUCUAAAUGGCACCCCUUGCCGUCAGUGUGAGCACUUUCUUGUUAACGUUGGAAGGUAAAUUUAGGCUUUCAGACACCUUAUUUUUGGUAUUUACCAUUGAUCGUUCCCCUUUACCGGGCGUCGCCAAAAAUCGCCGGUGAUCUGGCCUGUUUGUUUAUAAUAAUAUUUAGACAAUUCGUGGCAUUAAGUAGCGUCAUUUUGUACUCAAUUUAUGUCAAGGAAUGUCGUCGUCGAUAGUUUCUAAAGUCGUCUCAAAUACACGUACGUCAGUCGGCAAAGAAUCGCCGCUUUUUACAGAUACAUCUCCGAUCGGCGUUAAUUGGGCGAAGCGAUACUAAAUAUCGAACAAUUGUUGGGCGUUAAGUUGCUUCGCACGGGAUGCAUUCUUGCCGACGAAUUAGCGUACAAGGUACCCUUAGUUGCACGUUUUUUUCAUCACAACUCGUCCGUCGAGGUUUCUAAAUGUGCAUGCCACUUCUCAGUAGGAAUGACCAGUUCUUAAACAAUUUUCAAAUUAAGUACAUUGAUAUGAGAUGCGUUUCCAUUAGAAAAUACUCCUCAAAUACACCGUUACUAUCUGCUCUGUAGUGGUACGACUAAUUGAAUCGUGGUUCAAUUAGGAAUCCUGAAUUACAGAUGUCUAUACUAUGUUCUCCGUCACUUUGGGAUUUCUCAUAUGAAUUUAAAACAAGGAGUCUUGGUAUUCCCAUCAAGAUUUAAUAACAUACAAAAUGUGCCCGUUAAACGGUCAUGAAUUAACUGGACCUUCGAUGCCUUCGCUUCUAUUUAAUGUUCGAAGGUUCGAACUAACCAUCCGAUGCAGAUAGAAAUCUGUGUUCCGGAUUCCUAAACCUGUGCCCGAAGUAAGCUAAUUUUUAUUUAAUCGCUAAUCAUUCGAUUCUUUCUAUUCUUAUUAAAUCACUCAUUUACUCGCGAUCCAGUGCUUAAAUAAUUAAGUAAGAAUAUGUGCAAUUACUUAUUUUCCAAAAGAAUCAGAUAUAUACUAUUUUAGAAUAAUUUAAUGUAUGCAAUAAUUGAAUAAAAUAAAACUAUUAUUAUACUUAUAGUCAAACAGUUGUAUCUGUUUCUGUUUCGAUUGGGGCCAAGGUUCCAGCAUAUGGCGAGAUGUAAAGAUACUCUCUGGAGACGUAACGGUGUGUUUGAGCAUGAGUACUUAAUGUCAGUUAUAUAUCAGACAUUUAAUUGUUAGUUCCACCUUUCCCUGUUGUUUUCUAAUUUUAGUCUGUGGAGCACUGUACAUUGCAAGCUUGAAAAUCGAGUAAAGUGUAAUCUCAAGGAGGAAUUCAAUUUUAGUGGAGAUUCCUCGGCAGAAUGAUCCUUGAACACUUUUGAGUAUUUUAAUUGUACGCUUUGUUAAGGUAUAUACAUGACUUUUUAACCACACCGAUGUUCAAGCGUGAAAUAUGCAAGAAUAAAUUGUGUCCGAAUGAAUGUGCGAUUCAAGACAAUUGAGCAAGUACUCUCAAGUAGGUUUCAUCGAGUACAGUAUGAAAUAUGAGAGUAAAAACUAAAUGAAACCGGUUUAUUUAUCAUGUAUUUAUACAUAUUUUUAUGAUAAUAAUAAUAAUAAAGUAUAGUCGGAAUUGACGUUGAAA